GGUCUUGUGUCAUUCGAAGUUUCGUUACGAAGUUUCGAACGAACAGUCGUGACUUGACACUUGUUUAAGAAUCGAUACGCAAUAAAUUUCAAACAAAGUGAAAUUGUCGGGUAUUUGUUUAGUCUUUUAAUCGCGGAGACUGGAUUCGGACCGAAGAAGAUAAAUUGUGAACUGUAAAAAUGACAAACACUUUAGCUGUUUGUCUAAUUUCUAUCACGCUCUUUUGUUGUACAGAUCUGUCGUUUGCGCGACAAGUAUCAAAAGAAUGCUCGAAAGGACCUGAUUAUUGGUGUCAAAGUUUAAGUCGCGCGGCUGACUGCGGCGCCGUGGGACACUGCAUCGCCACCGUGUGGGAGACACAGGAUGUCGAGAUUCACAAGAAUGAAAUAUCCGACAGAUUCAUCAAACUCUUCAGUGAACUGAAGGACAUCAAGGAUAUGAUCAAUGAGGUAGACUUAACGGAUUACCUAGCAAUCCGACUAUCAUCGACAUGCCACGAUAUCCCGGACCCAACAAUCGCCAAGAUCUGCAAAGAGAACACGUCUUCCCUACAAAAAUAUAUAAUCCAUGUUCUCUUAUCGGACACCACUCCUUCGACCUUGUGCCAAGUCAUCGGAAUGUGCAAUAACAUGAAGAUCGACAAUACAUUGGCUUUGAACAAAAAGAAGCCUACUGAUCAUACGGAUAAAAAACAUACGGAUAAAUUACUAGGCAGUUCCCAAUGUACCUGGGGACCAUCUUACUGGUGUAGCAACUUCAGUACGGGCCGGGAAUGCGGUGCGACCCACCACUGCGCCACGAAGGUAUGGGCCCAGAUGACCUUCCCCGAGGACAACGACAGCAUCUGUAAGAUUUGUACCGACAUGGUGCAACAAGCCCGUGAUCAGCUGUUGAGCAACGAAACGCAGGAGGAACUAAAGGAAGUGUUCGAGGGUUCGUGCAAGCUGAUCCCCAUCAAGGUUGUGGCGAAGGAAUGCAUCAAGUUGGCCGAUGACUUCGUACCGGAGCUGGUGGAGACCCUCUCCUCACAAAUGAACCCCCAGGCCGUCUGCUCGGUCGCCGGACUCUGCAACAACGCGAAGAUCGAUCAUCUUCUCGAAAGAUAUAACACGCAAAAAGCUCAGCGGGUGAGCUGCUACAACUGCCAGACGACUGCCAGCGUGUUAAGAAAACGAUUCGAUGCCACCACUUACGAAGAUUUCCUUAUCGGUCUUCUGCAGGUGUGUCGUAAGAUGGACUCCCUAUCAGACUCGUGCUCAAUGCUAGUAUUCAAAUACUACGAGGACAUCUUGAAAGCAGUGAAAGCGGAUCUCACACCCCAGAGCGUGUGCCACAUGAGCGGACAAUGUACUUACAGAUUCCACACCCACGAUGAGUUCGACUUCCCUGAACUGGUCGUCGGCGAAGUGAAGGCUUCUGAUGAUGUCCCUUGCGAGUUUUGCGAACAAGUAAUCACUCAUCUCCGAGAUGUAUUAGUCGCUAAUACAACGGAAUCAGAGUUCUACAGAGUCAUAACUGGCCUCUGCAAGCAAACUGGCAAAUUUAAGGAUGAGUGUCUCCACAUAGCCGAGGAAUACUACCCUGUCAUAUACAAGUUUUUGGUGUCCGACCUACAACCUGACCAGAUUUGCACCAUGAUGGGCAUCUGUGGCAAGCGAGCCGAUGAGCCAAUCUCACCAUUGUUGCCUCAAGAGAUUGCAAUCAAAGCCAACAAAUUAAUUGGCACUGAUGAAGCGAAUAGCUAUAGCACUGAGACGAUCGGAAGGGUGGCCGUACCAAAGCAAGCCAACGUUCGUAUCAUGGGAGCCGAGUCGGACAUCGCCCCGCUGCCCAUUGAGCGCAUGUUCAUACAACAACCACAAGGCAAAGCCGCCUGCUCAUUCUGCGAGUACUUCUUGCAUUAUCUCUUUAGCGAUACUAAAACUGAGGACGCUAUCAGAGACGCCGUGGAGAAAGCGUGCGACCGCUUACCAAACUCUGUAGAAGGGGAGUGCAAACAAUUCGUGACGCAGUACGGGCCGGCCGUUAUCGCUCUGCUCGUCCAAGAAAUUGACCCUGCUAGUGUGUGCCCAGCCAUGGGUCUGUGUCCGCAAACCCAAGAAGUUCGCCGUGUGUCCAUCAACUCUGACAAGUCCAACUGCCCGCUCUGCUUGUUCGCGGUGGAACAACUUGAAACUAUGUUGAAGAACAACCACACUGAGUUCACCGACGCGUAUGACCCUCUGCAUAUUACCAAGCAGAGCAUCGACUAUUACCACGAGAAGCCGCACAAGAUGGCCGACAGGAAUAACCACAGAAGGAAGUCAUUGUUACCAAAACAUAUGUUGGAGAACAGCGAUAUCGAAACAAACGAGAUCCCAGAUAACACGGUAAAUGGUCAACCGAAACAGCCUCCUGUAUCCCAGAAAAGCCUUUGUGUCAUUUGUGAAUUUGUGUUGAAGGAGAUCGACGAUGAAAUCAAGGAUAAACACAAUGAGGAUGAAAUCAAGAAUAUCGUUCUCGGCAUAUGCAAGCGCCUGCCUAAGUCAGUACGCAGCGAGUGCGAUAACUUCGUGGAGAAAUACUCAGAUCUGGUCAUCAGCAUGCUGGAACAGAAGCUCGAUCCCGCGCUCGUCUGCCAGGAACUGAAGCUGUGCAGCCCCACCGGUAUCAACGCUGUUAAGGAAGAGAUCCUGGACUGCGCCGUCUGCGAAGUGGUCGUAAUGGCGGUGAACAAAGUACUCAGCAACGACAAAGUCGACCACGACAUACUGCAUGUCGUUGAGAAAUCGUGCAAUCUACUGCCCGCUAAAUACUACGCUAGGUGUCACACCAUGAUGGAGAUAUACGGCGACAGUGUGAUUCAUCUAAUCGAAGAGUUUGGCACGAAGGGAGUCUGCCAGAAGAUCGGCUUGUGUAGCGAGCGCAACGCCGCCUACGUCCACAUGUAUAAGGACAAGGGAGAUAAGAAUCGGAACAAAAUCGAAUUGGUUGUCAAUGGAAUAUGCAACUGUCUACAUCAGUCGAUUCGUUCAGAAUGCAACACAUUCGUGGAUAUGCAUGGUGAUAAGGUGAUUGAUGUGAUCAACCAGAAGAGAGAUCCUCAACACGCGUGUCAGGCACUGAGGACGAGUGUCGUAACCCAUAAUAUGGAAGAAGAACCUGUAAUAGAUGUGAAAGAACUAUCCGAUACAUCAACACGAUUAGAAAAGUCAAAAGCUACGUGUGAAGUUUGCAAGGUUGUGGUAGAUGAGCUAAAAAAGGAGAUCAAAGGCAAGAGACGGGAACAAAUCAAGAAUCUGGUUCAUAAGAUAUGCAAGAAAGUAACAAGGUUGGUACGACACGAGUGCCACAAAUUCGUGAACAAAUAUGGUGACCGCGUGAUCGAUAUGCUUCUGAAAAAAAUAGAUCCAGGACAAAUAUGCCACAAGUUGAGUCUGUGCCGAGUUGUAGUCAUUGAUACCGUUGAAACAAAUAUAAAUGAACCAAUUGACAUAUCAACACAAACAGAAAGUUCAAAAGGCGCGUGUAAAGUGUGCAAGAUCGUAAUGGACGAAGUGAAAAAAGAAAUCAAAGGCAAGAAUGAGGAUGAAAUCAAGAAUCUAGUUCAUGGUAUAUGCAAAAAUGUACCUAAAUUAGUUCGACAUGAGUGCCACAAAUUCGUGGACAAGUAUGCAGACCGUGUCAUUGAUAUGCUUGUAAAGAAGUUGGAUCCAGGACAAGUGUGCCAUAAGUUGAAUCUAUGCCAAGUUAUAAUCAUUGAUGUCCUUGAAAUAAAUAUGAACACAAUACCUGAUGUGCCAAUACAGUUGGAAAACUCAAAAGAUGGCUGUAAGGUGUGUAAGUUAGUGAUGAAGGAGAUCAAAAGAGAAAUUAGAGGCAAGAAUCAGGAGCAAAUCAAGAAUCUCGUUCACUAUAUAUGCAAUAAAGUACCUAAACCGGUUCGACACGAGUGUCACAAGUUCGUAGAGAAAUAUGGUGACCGUGUGAUUGACAUGCUUCUGAAUAAAUUGGAUCCAGGACAAGUAUGCAACAAAUUGAGUUUGUGUCAAGUUAUAUCCAUUGAUAUUGUUGAAGAUUUGUACGAAAGAUUGGAUAUGUCAACACAAUUAGUACAUUCCAAUAGCACCUGUGAAAUGUGCAAGGCUGUGAUAGAGGACAUUAAAAUGGAAAUUAAAAAUAAAGAUCAGAAUGAAAUAAACAAACUAGUUGAGGACAUAUGCAAAGACACACCGUGGUUGUUUCGGCACGAAUGUAAGAAGUAUGUACACAACUAUAUUGACCGUUAUAUUGACGAGUUGCUGAACAAGCUCGAUGCGGAACAAGUGUGCCAGGAAUUGACACUUUGCAAUGUUUCGUCCUUUACCAUCAAAAAAUUUAAAAGGUUUGAAGUGUCACGCCAUAGUGGAGAUAUGUGAUAAUGUGCUAACCUAAGCUCAUGAAGAGGCCACAAAAAACUUCUGUGAGAAGAAUGGGUUAUGCAGCGAUUAUUAUUUCAUAAUAAGUAUAUUUUCCAAAGUAUCCUAGAGAUAGUAAUAAUAUUAUUUUAGAAUAAGCACUCAUUUUUUAUACUAUUUUUAAAAAGAAUAAAGAGUUAUUAAAAAUA